AUGGACGCCUUCAAGUUGUUGACCAGGUCAACAAAACUAAAGCCUUCAACAUCAAAUACGACUAGCCGGUUACCUUCCGCAGGCAAAGCAGCGAAUCCGCAACUCUUUGGUUCUGCAGAAGAUGCUCAGUCCAGCAAGAAAAGAAAGAGACAGAAUGAAGCUGCAGAAGAGACUGGCGAGAAAAACGAUGAUUUUGAUGCUACACAACGCCUCUUGUUUGGUGGUGGGCAUUCGACAUCUGUCACUGCUACGACGGCAGUAAAAGAAUCUAAAAAAUCUCGGAAAUCCAAGAAGGCAUCUAUACAGAUCGACGACACGCAGGCCGAGAAUGAAUCCGAUUCGGAACAGCAAGCGCAAGGCGAUGCUAUGGAUGAGUCUGAGCGUCGAACAAUUCUCAAAACUCACAAAAUCAAAGUCGUCGAUUUGAGAGAUCUGGAAGAUAUUCUAGCAGAAAAGGUUGAAGAUCAAGACGAUGACUCCAAAAGCAAAAAGAAAAAGAAACGGAAAAUCAGCAAGGAGAUCGCCCUCCUCAGCAAAAAGAGGCAAAAAGAAGCCCGACAACUGUAUCCAGAGCCCUUGACUUCCUUUCAAGAUUUGCGGAAGAAGUAUCAGAUCUCUAGAAAACUGGCAGACAAUAUUUCUGAGCAAGGAUUUACGGUUCCAACUGAAGUGCAGAUGGGUAGUUUGCCUCUCCUUCUUGGAAAUACCUCGUCUGCGAAAGAUGAACAAGAGCCGGAUCUCUUAGCUGUGGCACCUACAGGUAGUGGGAAGACACUUGCCUUCCUUAUUCCCUUGAUCAACAAGACUGUUGGAUAUCACCGAGAGAAUCCAGGACAACGCGAGAUUUCGUCGAUUGUUGUUGCACCUACCAAAGAGCUGGUAGGUCAGAUUGUCAACGAGGGACGCAAAUUGGCGGUCGGAACAGGCGUGACGAUUACAGCAAUGAGGAAAGGAAUGCAGGUUGUGGCUCGGGCUGAGCAUGAUGAUGCGGACGAAGAUUCAGAAAAUUCGGCGUCGGGCUCCGAGUCUGAUGGGGAUGAAGAUGCAGACAAGUCGGCCAAGUCAAAGGACAGUAAAAAUACGGACGCUCUGACGAAAAGUGAUAUCCUGGUUACGACACCGCUUGCAUUAGUCAAUGCUCUAUCUAAAAAGAAUGCAGAAGAAAAGGAGUCGCUCCCUUCGGUACGAUAUCUUGUAUUGGACGAGGCAGAUGUUCUACUUGAUCCAUUAUUCCGCGACCAAACACUAGCAAUCUGGACUGCAUGUACCAACACCCACCUCAGAAUAUCUUUCUGGUCCGCCACAAUGGGCUCUAGUAUCGAAGAACUUACAAAAUCGACACUGGAAUCGCGUCAUGAGUUGCUUGACGCAGAAAAGAGACCUCUACUACGCGUGGUCAUUGGCCUGAAGGAUUCGGCUGUGCCAAAUAUUCAACACAAACUUAUUUACGCUGCUACCGAGCAAGGAAAGUUGCUUGGAUUGCGACAGUUACUUCACCCUACUGCUGCUAUCGCUCCUAAUGAAGUUCGACUUCGACCACCGUUCCUCGUUUUUACUCAAACCAUCACUCGAGCUGUUGCCUUGCACUCGGAGUUGCUAUACGACAUCCCAGUUGAAGCCGGUGGUUCAUCUCGAAUCGCUGUUCUUCACUCUGAUUUAUCCGAAACGCGUAGAUCCGAAAUCAUGAAGGGGUUCAGAAAAGGCGAGAUUUGGAUCAUCAUCACAACUGACUUGUUGGCCCGUGGUGUCGACUUCCGUGGCAUUAAUGGUGUUGUCAACUACGAUAUUCCGACGUCGAGUGCUGCCUACGUCCACCGAGUAGGCCGAACGGGUAGGGCUGGCCGUGAAGGUGGUGUUGCGGUAACAUAUUACACGAAAGAAGACAUUCCAUACGUCAAGAGUAUUGCCAACCUCAUCCACACCAGUGAGAAACUUCAAGGCAAAGAGCAAUCUGUACAGAAAUGGCUUCUCGAUUCUCUUCCGGACCUAAGCAAGAAAGACCGACAGGACCUGAAAAGACAUGGCGUCAAAGCUCGCGCGGCUUCUGCUAAGCUCAAGCAUGAUACUGAGAAGGGAGGAAAGGCUCGCAUCAGUACAAAGAGUGGAUACGAUCGUCGCAUGGAAAAUAAGAGGAAGGGCGCUAUAUCUGCAAGUCGCAACAGGACUCAGCAACCUUCGACCGCAAAAGAUGCUGCGGAUAGUGGCGACGAUGAGUGGAAUGGGCUAGAUGAUUAG